AUGGAUAGUGAACCCAAUGAUGUGAAACAUGCAGAACAGCUCAAGGAGGCAGAAUUACCUAAUGAUACUCUAGUACAUUCCAAUGAUGAGUUAGUAGAGUUUGAGAUGGCUAAUGCAAAACCAGUUCAAUCGUAUCAACAACCUAUUAGAAUGGUCAAUUUGAUUCUUGACCAUAUGGCAUUCGUACAAGGCUUGGGGAAUCUAAAGAGGUGGUUUAACAAAGAAUAUGUGGAACAAAACAUUAAGGGGUCUGAAAAGGUGGGCCUUAAUAUUUUUAUUCCUUCUUAUACAUUGCAUGAGUUUGAUUUCAUUAAGAAGGGCAAUACUAUGAGAGCUACCAAUGCAAGACAAGCAAUUAAGUUUCUUGAUCAAUGUUUUGAAUUAGAAGAGAAGAAUGCCAUGAACGAAGAUUUAAAUGAAGAAAAUGAACCUAUUCAUUACCAUAUUUCAUUAGAACAAGGACGUGAAUGUGGACCAUCAUUUCAUGAAUGUUUAAAGUAUAAGUUGUAUUCACCUAAAAUUGGUGAUUUCCCCAAUUACAAAACCAAGUUUGAUAAUAAUUUAAUUGGACAAAAGACUUCUUCUGGAUAUGAUGAAAAGGAUUUUGAUUUACGUCAGGGUUCUAAUCCUAGUCAAACUAAUGACAUUCAGUAUGAAAACUCCGCUUCAUACCAAAAUGCCGCUUCUAAUGCUGAUAAAUUAGCAGAGAUGCCCACUAGAUUGAAAUACUUAAUCAGAGCUACUAUUUAUAAACGAUUUUAUGAGAAGAAUAAUUUCCGUUCACCUUUAGAAAAUUGGAAACUUGUUACUGAAGACCCAAUCACCAAGACUUGGGCUAAAAGUUUUGGCAUUGAUUGUUUAAAUGUCAAUGAAGCUGAAUUACUUUUAUUUCAAAACUAUGAUGUUAAUAGUUUUUCAUUGUACCAACCACAAAAGAGUUUUACCAUUGAUAAUGAACAGUUUGAUAUUUCAAAGGAAAUUCUACAAAAUACAGUGGAUACUUCAAAAUACCAAUACGUAAAAUUGGACCUUGCAAGCAAGAACGAAACCAACAUGAAACUGAAGCUUGCCUGGAAAACCAAAAGCAAACCUGGCAAUAAAUCAAAACCCAACAAUAAACAACCUGCCAAGCCAAAGGAAAAUAUUAAUGGAAUUAUUUCAGAAAAUGAUGUUGGAGCUAAUGGUGAAAUCAUCAAGAGAGAAAGGUAUGAUGCCAUCAACUACGCUCCCAGAGGUAAAGGUAAGUUAUGGCAUCCAUAA